ACCGAGAAACUGGAGCUCUACCACUGACCUUGUAGCAUGUGUAGCUACUGUUAUCUACUGUUAGCUGCCUAUGCGAAAACUUUGCUAGCGUUUUCUUUUUAGUAUUUGAAUCACUUGAAUGGUACUGGUAGCUAGCUGUUAUCCUUGGAGCUAUUUACACACAUGUGGACAAGAACGUACAUCUAUGCUGCGUUCAAAACUGGGAACUCUGAAAUCACCGACUUCCGAAUUCAGCGCGUUCAAGAUAACUGCGAAUUCGGAAAAGUUCAGACUGGAAAUCGUUAACGGUCACCAACUAGAUUCUCCAGAUGCCCAUGUGAAGCCCCAGUUUCUGGAUGCAGAGGUGCAGGACAUCCUAACCAGAAUCACAGGCUUGAACCUGGAGAAGGUGUUCAGACCCAUCAAACAGGAGCUGAAGCCCCCCAAGUACAAACUCAUGACAGACGCACAGCUGGAAGAGGCGAUCCAGAGUGCCAGGGAGCAGGCCCAGAGGCUGCUGAAGAUGCCUCCGGUGCUGCCGGAGAGGAAGCCCAUCAAUGAUGUCCUGUCUGAGGACAAGAUCCUGGAGGGCAUGGACACAGCCAAAUACGUCUUCACUGACAUCACCUUCAACAUACCGCACAGGGAGCGGUUCAUAGUGAUCCGGGAACCCACUGGGACUCUGAGGAAGGCAUCGUGGGAGGAGAGGGAUAGGAUCCUGCAGGUCUACUUCCCUAAAGAGGGCCGCAGGCUCACAGCACCCCCUGUCUUCAAGGAGGAGAACCUGAAGGUGGUGUUUGGCCAGGAUCGUCAUGAGGAUAUGUUGGAUCUGUGCCAGGUCCAGUUUGAACCUGACUCCUCAGAAUACAUCAGGGUGCAUGAAGCCACCUAUGAGGAUCUAGAGAAGAUGGGGAAGUAUGAUCUGCUGCGCUCCACCAGACACUUUGGAGGCCUGGUCUGGUACCUGGUCAAUGCCAGGAGGGUGGACGGACUCAUGAUAGACAUGCUGCAGAAAGACCUGUUGCAGGAUGCAGUGAGUCUGGUAGGGCUGUUCAACAAGGUCCAUCCACACAGUGAGACAGCCCAGGAGGCCUUCAGCCAACAGGCUUCAGGACUGGACCUGCUCAAGAUCUACGCUAAGCGGGAGUCCCAGAGGGCAGGAUACGUAGAGCUGGCCCUGCAGGCCUACGAGCAGACCUCCGCAGAGAGCUCCGUCUGACAUGCAUCACCACACCUAACCACAGGACAGCUGUGUCACAUCACAGAGAGCUCCGUCUGACAUGCAUCACCAUACCUAACCACAGGACAGCUGUGUCACAUCACAGAGAGCUCCGUCUGACAUGCAUCACCACACCUAACCACAGGACAGCUGUGUCACAUCACAGAGAGCUCCGUCUGACAUGCAUCACCACACCUAACCACAGGACAGCUGUGUCACAUCACAGAGAGCUCCGUCGGACAUGCAUCACCACACCUAACCACAGGACAGCUGUGUCACAUCACAGCAGAGCUCCGUCGGACAUGCAUCACCACACCUAACCACAGGACAGCUGUGUCACAUCACAGAGAGCUCCGUCUGACAUGCAUCACCACACCUAACCACAGGACAGCUGUGUCACAUCACAGAGAGCUCCGUCUGACAUGCAUCACCACACCUAACCACAGGACAGCUGUGUCACAUCACAGAGAGCUCUGUCUGACAUGCAUCACCACACCUAACCACAGGACAGCUGUGUCACAUCACAGAGAGCUCCGUCUGACAUGCAUCACCACACCUAACCACAGGACAGCUGUCACAUCACAGAGAGCUCCGUCGGACAUGCAUCACCACACCUAACCACAGGACAGCUGUGUCACAUCACAGAGAGCUCCGUCUGACAUGCAUCACCACACCUAACCACAGGACAGCUGUGUCACAUCACAGAGAGCUCCGUCUGACAUGCAUCACCACACCUAACCACAGGACAGCUGUGUCACAUCACAGAGAGCUCCGUCGGACAUGCAUCACCACACCUAACCACAGGACAGCUGUGUCACAUCACAGAGAGCUCCGUCUGACAUGCAUCACCACACCUAACCACAGGACAGCUGUGUCACAUCACAGAGAGCUCCGUCGGACAUGCAUCACCACACCUAACCACAGGACAGCUGUCACAUCACAGAGAGCUCCGUCGGACAAGCAUCACCACACCUAACCACAAGACAGCUGUGUCACAUCACAGAGAGCUCCGUCUGACAUGCAUCACCACACCUAACCACAGGACAGCUGUCACAUCACAGAGAGCUCCGUCUGACAUGCAUCACCACACCUAACCACAGGACAGCUGUGUCACAUCACAGAGAGCUCCGUCUGACAUGCAUCACCACACCUAACCACAGGACAGCUGUGUCACAUCACAGAGAGCUCCGUCUGACAUGCAUCACCACACCCAACCACAGGACAGCUGUGUCACAUCACAGAGAGCUCCGUCGGACAUGCAUCACCACACCUAACCACAGGACAGCUGUGUCACAUCACAGAGAGCUCCGUCUGACAUGCAUCACCACACCUAACCACAAGACAGCUGUGUCACAUCACAGAGAGCUCCGUCUGACAUGCAUCACCACACCUAACCACAGGACAGCUGUGUCACAUCACAGAGAGCUCCGUCUGACAUGCAUCACCACACCUAACCACAGGACAGCUGUGUCACAUCACAGAGAGCUCCGUCGGACAUGCAUCACCACACCUAACCACAGGACAGCUGUGUCACAUCACAGAGAGCUCCGUCUGACAUGCAUCACCACACCUAACCACAAGACAGCUGUGUCACAUCACAGAGAGCUCCGUCUGACAUGCAUCACCACACCUAACCACAGGACAGCUGUCACAUCACAGAGAGCUCCGUCUGACAUGCAUCACCACACCUAACCACAGGACAGCUGUGUCACAUCACAGAGAGCUCAGUCUGACAUGCAUCACCACACCUAACCACAGGACAGCUGUGUCACAUCACAGAGAGCUCCGUCUGACAUGCAUCACCACACCUAACCACAGGACAGCUGUGUCACAUCACAGCAGAGCUCAGUCUGACAUACAUCACCACACCUAACCACAGGACAGCUGUGUCACAUCACAGAGAGCUCCGUCUGACAUGCAUCACCACACCUAACCACAGGACAGCUGUCACAUCACAGAGAGCUCCGUCUGACAUGCAUCACCACACCUAACCACAGGACAGCUGUGUCACAUCACAGAGAGCUCAGUCUGACAUGCAUCACCACACCUAACCACAGGACAGCUGUGUCACAUCACAGAGAGCUCCGUCUGACAUGCAUCACCACACCUAACCACAGGACAGCUGUGUCACAUCACAGAGAGCUCAGUCUGACAUGCAUCACCACACCUAACCACAGGACAGCUGUGUCACAUCACAGAGAGCUCCGUCUGACAUGCAUCACCACACCUAACCACAGGACAGCUGUGUCACAUCACAGCAGAGCUCAGUCUGACAUCACCAUACACCUCACACCAACGGAGCUGUGACAUUAUCCCCAAUGGCCUGCCUUUCCAUGAUCAAAAAUUCCACCAACUGGACAAUUUCGGUGAGCAAAGAGAAUAACGUAGUCCUUGAACUAUGGAGCUCAUAUGAACCACUUGCAAGCCAAGUGUCCAUUGGCAAUAAAUGGCAUCAAAAUGUGUAUAUAACUGGGGUCCUCCAGGCUUCAGUCUUCUAUCAUUUGGUGGAAGGGUACACGAUGCAGUGCAGAUAUUCACUAUUCACACAUUUCAACCUUGUCAUUUGUUCAUAACCUUAAUCAUACUGUAUCAUAACAUUGGAACUGAGUAAGCUGUUUAAUUCUCAUGAUGUAUGUACAUUCAAAAUAAAAAUGUCUUUAUUUACAGUC